ACAACAUGGCGGCGCCCUGAUAGGUGUCACAUUAGUGCCGCAGCGAGACAAUUUGUGUAAUUUCUCACAACAUUGCCGCUCUAUCACCUUCAAUCAAGACUUGCUCAGAUUACGGUUUAUUUUCCACAUUCGACAUCGGCAGAAGGCGUGAAGAUUAUAUUCAACCAGCGUCAUGGUUCAGCUGUCAUCCCACCUCUUAAAGCGCUACCACGGGGGUCACGUGGUCCUCCGCAUGGCUCUGGCAGGCCACAAUCAAGCCAACAGACCCUUUUAUCGCAUCGUGGCGGCGUAUAACAAACGGGCGAGAGACGGUAAAUACAUAGAACAACUGGGGACGUACGACCCGCUCCCCAACAUCUACAACGAGAAACUCGUCAGCUUCAACUACGACCGCAUCAAGUACUGGAUUGGCUGCGGCGCCCACACGACCAAGCCGGUGGCCAAACUUCUAGGGUUGGCCGGGUUCUUCCCACUUCACCCCAUGACGGUGACAGAGGUGGAGCGUCGCCGAGCCCAAGCGAAUCAGAUGGAAACGAAAGCAGAGGAUAGCGUUGAGUCUGAAGCGUGACGAGUGACUGCUUAUGUGAUGACACAGCAGUCCAGAGACACAAUGGGCCCAUGUUUUUUGUUUUUUUUGUAUAUUGUUUAUUAUAGUUGUGGUUCAUCUAGUGGAUAAACGCAUGAUUAAAACUGGUGAAAUACA